AAACACGACAAGCAUUAUCGCCGAGAUCUCAGAGAAAAAAUCAGUUUGAUGACCAACGAAUUUCGGACAGUUACAAAAUAUUAAGCGAGUCAAAGACUUUUUGAUUUUUAUUGGGGCAGUUGAAGCAACAUAAAGAUGGCGGUCUCAGAAGAUGACAUCAUUAGAAGGCGUUUAUUAUAUGAUGGGGAUGGAACAGGAGAGGAAAAAAGAAUUACAACAAUUUUGAAAACAAUAAUAAAAUGGAGUACAGCAGAUUUUGAUGAUGAAGAAAGAAAUCUCACCUACCAAAAAAUAGUUGCUUUACUUCGACAGUGUGAAUACUCAAUGACAAAACACCACUUGGCAUAUUUGAUGAAUACAGAAGAACGAGACAAUUAUGAAAAACUUUAUCAGCAAAUCCAGGGAAAAAUAGUAGAAGCUAAAAAGGACAUCGCUUUAUGUAAAGAAGAAUUACAACAAGCAAAAAUUAUUCGGAGAAAUAAACAAGAAUAUGACUCACUUGCAAGGAUCAUAGAAAAACAUCCAGAGAGAAAAAUCACGGAAAGAGAAAUACAGUCGUUGGAAAAAGAAAUAUCUGAGCUUAAUGCAAGGAUGCACAAACUCAUGCAAAAGCUUGAAAUGCGUCAAAAGCAGUUCCAUGUUUUGGUCUAUUCUGUUCAGCUGUUGCAGCAAAUACUUGAAGAUGACGAUGAUGGAAGUGAGUUGUCUUCAUCACAUACGAAACAGAGCGACGUGAGAACACCCAUUGAAGUGAUGGACUUGACUUGAUGUGCUGCUGAGAUGUUUACGUUCAGCAUGUUGGCGAAGUGUUGUUGUUGUUGUUGUUGUCGUCGGUGUUAAGUCGAUAGAGAUGAGAUAGUUAGCUACUACUGAAAAGACAGACUGAACCAGGGAAUGAUUAGACGAGUCCUGACAUUUAUAAACUUGUAUGGAUUGUUGCGUGUUUUGUUGAAAAUAUUGUUUCACGGUCUGGUGAAUACGUGAGAAUAGAGUUUUAGAUACAAUUUCAGAAAGUCACAGCAACUUAUGCUAGAUAAAAAAGGGUCAUCAAAUCAUAAUUAAAAUUUAACAUAUCAUUUUUACCGUUUUUUGUGCAAAGUCAGGAAAAAAACUAGGGUCCCUUAAAGGAAACACUAGUAAUUCGAAAAAUUUUCCUGAAAUUAUUAUCGGUUUACUAUAUUCUUGUGAUUGUUUGUCUUAUGUCUCAACCAUUUGAGUAAAUCUAAUCCAAAAAAACCAUCUGGGAUUGUCUUAUAAAAUCAGUUAAACGAAAACUAGAAAAAACUGGGGAUUUUUUUCCAAAGGAAUUUAUAAAGUCACAUGGAUUUCACGAAAGCAAUACUUAAUGUUGAAGGCGACACCUUGGGUGCUUUAUCAAGCUUUAUCUAAGUACUUCAUCCGAUUUUCAAAAUUAUUUCGUUUCGGAAAUCCGACAAAAAUUAAAAUAUUAAAUUAUAACUACUAAGCAAAACAAAAUUUAACACAAUCAAACUUUUUAAUUAUUUUUUUUUCAAUGUUUUUCUCGAGUAAAUGUUAAAAAUCAAUCUUUUUCAUAAAUCUAUUUGUGUAUUGCCUUUAGUGAUAAAAGAUUUAAAACUAUACUUUUAAACCACUAACAAAAUCAUUAACUAAAAAACAGGCUACGUGAAGAGGGAUGAAUGACAGAUGAGAUUUUUCGUGGUAGCUACACGAAAUAGACACGUUAUUUUAUUUUUUGUUUGUUUGUUUAUUUGUUUGUUUGUUCUUUCAAAUGUUAACUCUAAGGUGCAAAUAUGGGACUAAUUUAUUUAUUGAAUAAGAAUUAGAAGAACUUAGAUAUCAAGAAAGCAGUUUGCAGCUGA